CUGAAUGACCUGCAGCGAGAGUCUGCAACGCCGCGCUGGCAAGAAACCUUGACGAUGUUGCGAAGAAAGGAGGCGGUGUUGUGCUGCGCUGCUUUGGCGCUGAUUGCCUGCUCUUGUUGGGCUUCCGUGCAGCAUCCCGUCGUGUCAUCGUGCCAGUCGGAGCCGAGUUUGGUCACCAUCCACAACUUGAGCAUCGAGGACGCCAAGGUGGGCCGAAACAUGACCAUACACUACGUCGGCGAACUCCACGAAGUACUGCAUGGUCCGCUGAUCACCAAGUUCACCAUGUGGAACUCGAACGGAUUGAAGAUGCCUUGCGUGCAAGACAUGGGUUCCUGUACAUACAAAGGCUGUGACGGCGAGUCUGACAUGGAGAAGACAAUAGGGGAGCCAUGGAAGAACACCUGCCCUAUUCCGGCCGGUGUCUAUGCCUCAAGACUGGUGUUCUUCAUCCACCCAAUAAUUAAAGCCGUGCUCGCGAACGGCACGUUUAAGGUGCGAAUGGAUGUGACCAGCGGUGAUGUCAAAGUUCACUGUCGAGUACUUGACGUGCAUAUUGAAAAAUAAACAUCAGCAAGAAAAAAAGAGCAAGCAAGAAAAAGAGGAACGGUGCUCUCGGCGUAUCAUCAUUGCGGCGCACGAAAUAAACACGUAGGUUAGCGCGCCAGUACAAAGGCUUAACCAAUACCUAAGCG